CAUGAUGUCAUCAACCAUAUCUAUAUUCACAUAAUAUAUGUAAUUAGUGUCACAAACCAUAUUUAAAAGUUCACAUAAUGCAAGAUAUUAGAUUGGUGUUUGUAUCUUAUCAAGGCCGUCUUAGUCCGUAGACCUUGGCCCAAAAGGUUCCCAUAACUAGUAGAAACUGAACCGUGGCGCAAAACUUACAAAGGAAAGGCAAAAAAACGCUACAAAGUACAAACUACAAAAAAAACGACUUCUUGUUUGGGUGGGGGCUAGAUAUAAUAACUUGCCACAAAAAGGGCCUGUCAAGAAAUUAGAGAUGCAAUUAGUCCUCAAAAAGUAAAUUUUGAGGUUGAAGCUCCAAUGUCUUUGUUCAAAGACUUUAUUUAGAGGUAAAGUUAUGUCUUGUAACCACCAAACAGCUCCUUUUCAUCUACACUCUCAAUAUUUUUAAGACAUAUGUGUGUUGCCUUGCUUUGACUUGUCUCUCUCUCUCCAACUUCCCUCCUUCAACAUAAAGCCAAAUCCUAAAUCCAAACCGAACCAAACCUAUACCAAAACGUACCAAACAUAACCGACUGGUAUCAUGAGUAAACCGGAAAGAAAACUGAAUUAAUUUGUUCAUGCAAAUACAAACCGUAUUCUUUCUGCUUCACACAAACAAACAUUUCGUUUUCUUCACAUGAAAAAUCAGAUACGAUCUGCCAUUAGUAACCUAAACACAAAGCAAGGUUAGGUGUAUGACAUAGACCCUUUUGAAUAAUCAAACAAUACAUAACAACGUAAGAUCCAUAUUCCCUCUUCGGACAUCCAUCUCCUUUCAAAGAAACCCACAUUCAGACAAGAGAAGAAAGAGGAAAACAAAGACAUAAACAGAGAGAUGCAGCUGCAUAUAUCUCCGAGCUUAAGACAUGUGACGGUGGUCACGGGGAAAGGAUUGAGAGAGUUCAUAAAAGUGAAGGUGGGUUCUAGAAGAUUCUCGUAUCAGAUGAUGUUUUACUCUCUGCUCUUCUUCACUUUUCUUCUCCGGUUCGUCUUCGUUCUCUCCACCGUUGAUACUAUCGACGGCGAUCCCUCUCCUUGCUCCUCUCUAGCUUGCUUAGGAAAAAGACUAAAGCCAAAGCUUUUAGGACGAAGAGCUGAGACUGGUAAUGUUCCAGAAGCUAUGUACCAAGUGUUGGAACAACCUUUAAGUGAACAAGAGCUAAAAGGACGAUCAGACAUACCACAAACACUUCAAGAUUUCAUGUCUGAAGUCAAAAGAAGCAAAUCAGACGCAAGAGAGUUUGCUCAAAAGCUAAAGGAAAUGGUGACAUUAAUGGAACAGAGAACCAGAACGGCUAAGAUCCAAGAGUAUUUAUACCGACAUGUUGCAUCAAGCAGUAUACCGAAACAACUUCACUGUUUAGCUCUUAAACUAGCACACGAGCAUUCCAUAAACGCAGCCGCACGUCUCCAGCUUCCAGAAGCCGAACUAGUCCCAACCUUAGUCGACAACAAUUACUUUCACUUUGUCUUGGCGUCAGACAAUAUUCUUGCAGCCUCGGUCGUGGCUAAGUCUUUGGUUCAGAACUCUUUAAGACCUCAUAAGAUCGUUCUUCACAUCAUAACGGAUAGGAAAACUUAUUUCCCAAUGCAAGCUUGGUUCUCAUUGCAUCCUCUGUCUCCAGCGAUCAUUGAGGUGAAGGCUUUGCAUCAUUUUGAUUGGUUAUCGAAAGGGAAAGUUCCGGUUCUGGAAGCUAUGGAGAAGGAUCAGAGAGUGAGGUCUCAGUUCAGAGGCGGUUCAUCGGUUAUUGUUGCUAACAACGAGGAGAAUCCAGUUGUUGUUGCUGCUAAGUUACAAGCUCUUAGCCCUAAGUACAACUCCUUGAUGAAUCACAUCCGUAUACAUCUACCAGAGUUGUUUCCGAGCCUAAACAAGGUUGUGUUUCUAGACGAUGACAUUGUGAUACAAACAGAUCUUUCACCACUUUGGGACAUUGACAUGGACGGGAAAGUUAAUGGAGCAGUUGAGACAUGUAGAGGAGAAGACAAGUUUGUCAUGUCAAAGAAGUUCAAGAGUUACCUCAAUUUCUCAAACCCGUUAAUAGCCAGACACUUCGACCCAGAGGAAUGUGCUUGGGCUUACGGGAUGAAUGUGUUCGAUCUAGCUGCUUGGAGGAAGACUAAUAUAAGCUCUACUUACUAUCAUUGGCUCGACGAGAACUUAAAGUCAGACCUGAGUUUGUGGCAGCUCGGAACUUUGCCUCCAGGGUUGAUAGCUUUCCACGGCCAUGUCCAGACCAUAGAUCCGUUCUGGCAUAUGCUUGGUCUUGGAUACCAAGAGACCACAAGCUUUUCUGAUGCUGAAAGUGCAGCUGUUGUCCAUUUCAAUGGAAGAGCUAAGCCUUGGCUUGAUAUAGCAUUUCCUCAUCUACGUCCUCUUUGGGCUAAGUAUCUUGAUUCUUCUGACAGGUUCAUCAAGAGCUGUCACAUCAGAGCAUCAUAAUAAUCACAUAUCAAAGACGCUGGACCCAGAGAAGAGAUUCACAGAUCAGUCCAUAGGUGCAAACUUUUCUGCAAUGGAGUUUUUACUUCACUGGUCAAGUUUCCCUCUUCCAAGAUCAUGUUCUGAUGUCUCUCCUGUUUCUAAUUUUUUGUACUUUCAAACUCUUACGACAAGGAAGUAAAAACCCGUUCUAUGUAUUAAUGUAAGCAUAAUGUGAGAAACGAUCUGCCA